AUGAGGGUAGGGGUGUUAGCAUUAUUUUGUUUUUAUGUUCUUGUGGGGAGUGUGGCUUUAGCUAGAAAUGUGAAAGAUUUCGAGGAUGAGAAGUUUUUUACUAUUGGUGAGGGAGGGGGACUUGGUGGUGGUUUUGGUGCAGGUGGAGGUUCUGGCAGUGCAGGUGGUGGAGGGUAUGGUGGAGGCGGAGGAGGUGGUUAUGGUGGCGGUGGUAUAGGUGGUGGGUUUGGAAAAGGUGGUGGAAUUGGGGGUGGUGCAGGAGGCGGGGGUGGAAUAGGUGGAGGAAUUGGGGGUGGUGCGGGAGGCGGAGGAGGAAUAGGUGGAGGCAUUGGCAAAGGUGGUGGCAUUGGAGGUGGAGCUGGUGGUGGGGGAGGAAUAGGUGGAGGCAUUGGUAAAGGUGGUGGCAUCGGAGGAGGAGCUGGUGGCGGUGCAGGAGGUGGGGGAGGAAUAGGUGGAGGUGUUGGUAAAGGUGGUGGCAUUGGAGGUGGAACGGGUGGUGGUGCAGGAGGUGGUAUUGGUGGGGGAGCUGGAGGUGGAAAAGGAGGAGGAAUUGGUGGUGGUGCUGGUGGAGGAGCCGGUGGUGGUAUAGGAGGAGGCAUCGGUGGAGGAGUUGGAGGUGGUGCAGGAGGAGGUAUUGGAAAAGGUGGUGGCAUAGGUGGAGGAGCCGGAGGUGGUGCUGGAGGCGGCUUUGGUAAAGGUGGUGGCAUAGGAGGUGGUAUUGGCAAAGGUGGCGGCAUUGGUGGAGGAGUUGGGGGUGGUGCUGGAGGUGGAAUUGGCAAAGGUGGAGGCAUUGGAGGUGGCGUAGGCGGAGGUGCCGGUGGUGGUGUAGGAGGAGGAAUUGGCAAAGGUGGUGGUAUUGGUGGUGGUGCAGGAGGAGGAGUUGGUGCUGGCAUUGGUGGAGGAGCCGGUGGUGGUGGAGGAGGAGUUGGUGGUGGCGUCGGAGGAGGUGUCGGUGGUGGUGCAGGAGGAGGAGUUGGUGCUGGCAUUGGUGGAGGUGCCGGUGGUGGUGGUGGUGGUGGAGGAGGAGUUGGUGGUGGCGUCGGAGGAGGUGCCGGUGGUGGUGGUGGAGGUGGUAUUGGUGGGGGAGCUGGAGGUGGAAAAGGAGGAGGAAUUGGUGGUGGUGCUGGUGGAGGAGCCGGUGGUGGUAUAGGAGGAGGCAUCGGUGGAGGAGUUGGAGGUGGUGCAGGAGGAGGUAUUGGAAAAGGUGGUGGCAUAGGUGGAGGAGCCGGAGGUGGUGCUGGAGGCGGCUUUGGUAAAGGUGGUGGCAUAGGAGGUGGUAUUGGCAAAGGUGGCGGCAUUGGUGGAGGAGUUGGGGGUGGUGCUGGAGGUGGAAUUGGCAAAGGUGGAGGCAUUGGAGGUGGCGUAGGCGGAGGUGCCGGUGGUGGUGUAGGAGGAGGAAUUGGCAAAGGUGGUGGUAUUGGUGGUGGUGCAGGAGGAGGAGUUGGUGCUGGCAUUGGUGGAGGAGCCGGUGGUGGUGGAGGAGGAGUUGGUGGUGGCGUCGGAGGAGGUGUUGGUGGUGGUGCAGGAGGAGGAGUUGGUGGUGGCAUCGGAGGUGGCGGUGGCGGUGGAGGUGGAGGAGGAGGAGGAGUUGGUGGUGGCAUUGGCGGAGGUGUUGGUGGUGGUGUAGGAGGAGGAAUUGGCAAAGGUGGCGGCAUCGGAUUUGGUGGUGGUGGUGGCGGAGGAGGAGGAAUCGGUGGCAUUGGAGGAGGUGCCGGUGGUGGAUUUGGAGGCGGAUUUGGUGUAGGAGGUAGUUUAGGUGCAGGUAUCGGAGGUGGUUUUGGUGGAGGAGGUGGUGGUGGAAUUGGAGGAGGUUACUAA